GCAAAUUAAGCCCUUAAAAUAAAUAAAUGGACAAUUUUUAGUCAAAUUCUUUUACUUAAUUUUUUCUUGUAGGGCAUUUAUCCAACUAUUUAAGUGAAAUAAGUAGAAAUUUUGUGAAGAAGAUGAAGGCUGGAAGUGCGGCUAAGUUGAUUGUUGAUGCGUUGCUGCAACGGUUUCUUCCGCUUGCUAGACGUCGAAUUGAGACUGCACAAGCUCAGGAUGGACAAUACCUUAGGCCAUCAGACCCUGCCUAUGAGCAAGUAUUGGAUUCCCUAGCUAUGGUGGCACGACACACGCCUGUACCUCUUCUUGAAGCACUUUUGCGGUGGAGAGAAACUGAGUCCCCAAAAGGUGCUAAUGAUGCAUCUACAUUCCAAAGAAAGCUUGCGGUGGAGUGCAUCUUUUGCUCAGCAUGUAUUCGCUUUGUGGAGUGUUGUCCACAAGAAGGACUUACAGAAAAACUUUGGAUCGGACUUGAAAACUUUGUGUUUGAUUGGCUGAUAAAUGCUGACAGGGUUGUUAGUCAGGUUGAAUAUCCUUCAUUGGUAGAUUUACGUGGUCUCCUUCUCGACUUAGUUGCACAACUCCUUGGUGCUCUAUCACGUAUCAGGUUUAGUUCUGUAACGGAGCGGUUUUUCAUGGAGCUCAACACUCGUCGAAUUGAUACUAGUGGUGCUCGAAGUGAAACACUGAGUAUCAUUAAUGGGAUGCGCUACCUAAAGCUAGGGGUGAAGACGGAGGGUGGUCUAAACGCAUCGGCUUCCUUUGUGGCAAAAGCCAAUCCUCUUAACCGUGCUCCACAUAAACGAAAGAGUGAACUUCAUCAUGCACUUUGCAAUAUGCUGUCAAACAUUUUAGCACCACUUGCAGAGGGCGGUAAAGGUAACUGGCCACCUCCUGAUGUUGACCCUGCUCUCACUCUUUGGUAUGAAGCUGUUGCAAGGAUAAGAGUGCAACUUAUGCAUUGGACUGAUAAACAGAGCAAACAUAUAGCUGUUGCUUAUCCUUUGGUGACCUUGCUUCUCUGUCUUGGUGAUCCUGUCGUUUUUCUCAAUAACUUCGGUCCUCAUAUGGAGCAACUGUACAAGCAUCUUAGGGACAAGAACAACCGGUUCAUGGCUCUGGACUGUCUUCACCGUGUUUUAAGGUUUUAUCUAAGUGUACAUGGGAAUUCCCAACCACCAAAUCGUGUAUGGGAUUACCUCGACAGUGUGACAGCACAACUUCUAUCAAUCCUCAAAAAAGGGAUGCUUACACAGGAUGUGCAACACGAUAAAGUAGUUGAAUUUUGUGUCACUAUUGCUGAACAUAACCUUGAUUUUUCUAUGAACCAUGUGAUCUUGGAGUUAUUAAAGCAAGAUAGUCCGAGUGAAGCAAAAGUUAUUGGCCUUCGUGCUUUACUUGCCAUCGCGAUGUCUCCUACAAGCCAACAUGUGGGCUUGGAAAUUCUUCAUGCUCAUGACAUAGGCCAUUAUGUUCCAAAAGUCAAAGCUGCAAUUGAGUCUAUUUUGAGGUCAUGCAAUCGAGCUUAUAGUCAAGCUCUUCUCACUUCGUCAAAGACAACUAUAGAUGCUGUUACCAAGGAAAAAUCACAAGGAUAUUUAUUUCGUUCGGUUCUAAAGUGCAUACCCUACCUGAUCGAAGAAGUUGGUAGAACCGAUAAGAUCACUGAAAUAAUUCCGCAACAUGGAAUAAGUAUCGAUCCUGGUGUUCGUGAAGAAGCAGUGCAAGUAUUGAAUCGAAUUGUGAGAUUUCUUCCCCACCGCCGAUUUGCUGUUAUGAGAGGUAUGGCGAAUUUCAUCUUACGGUUACCAGAUGAAUUCCCUCUUCUCAUCCAGACAUCACUGGGUCGCCUUUUGGAACUCCUGCGAUUCUGGAGAGCUUGUCUCUCUGAUGACAACGUAGAAAAUGAUGUUUCGGAUACAAAGAAUGUGCAGAAAAAGCAAGGGUUUAAGAGGUCUUCAUUCCAUCAAGGAGAACCAAUAGAAUACCGUGCUUCUGAGAUUGAUGCAGUUGGUCUUAUUUUUCUUAGCUCUGCUGAUAGUCAGAUCAGGCACACAGCAUUAGAGUUGCUACGGUGUGUGCGGUCUCUACGCAAUGAUAUACGUAACCUCUCAUUAUAUGAAAGAUCAGAUCUUCUAAAAGAUGAAGCCGAACCGAUUUUUAUAAUCGAUGUUCUGGAAGAGAAUGGGGAUGAUAUCGUUCAAAGCUGCUAUUGGGAUUCUGGCCGUCCAUUUGAUCUGAGACGAGAAUCUGAUAUAGUACCUCAUGAUGCAACACUACAGUCUAUUCUUUUUGAAAGCCCUGACAAGAACAGAUGGGCUCGGUGUCUUAGUGAGCUUGUCAAGUAUGCGGCGGUGCUCUGCCCACAGUCUGUUCAGGAAGCAAAGAUGGAGAUUAUUCAGCGUCUUUCACACAUUACACCUGUUGAAUUGGGGGGAAAAGCUCAUCAAUUUCAGGAAGCUGACAGCAAACUAGAUCAGUGGCUGAUGUAUGCUAUGUUUGCUUGCUCAUGUCCACCUGGCAGAGAAGGAGCUGGUGCAGCAACAACAAGGGAUCUUUUCCAUCUAAUUUUCCCAUCACUUAAAUCUGGUUCUGAAGCACAUGUUCAUGCAGCAACUAUGGCUCUUGGGCACUCGCAUUUGGAAGUGUGUGAAAUUAUGUUCAGUGAGCUUGCAUCUUUUAUGGAUGAGAUUUCCAUGGAAACGGAUGGGAAACCAAAAUGGAAGAGUCAAAAGCCCCGCCGUGAAGAACUACGAAUCCGCAUUGCAAAUAUAUACAGGACAGUUGCUGAAAACAUAUGGCCCGGCAUGCUAAGUCGCAAGCCAGUUUUCCGCCUUCAUUAUUUGAAGUAUAUUGAUGAAACAACCAGAUUAAUCUCGAGUUCGCCCCUUGAACUCUUUCAAGAAAUGCAACCUCUUCGUUAUUCGCUUGCAUGUGUGUUAAGAUCAUUGGCUCCUGAGUUUGUGGAAUCAAAAUCGGAAAAGUUUGACCCUAAGACCAGAAAACGGCUGUUUGAUCUUCUUUUAUCCUGGUGUGAUGAGUCUGGUAGUACAUGGAGUCAGGAUAGUGCAAGUGAUUACCGACGUGAAGUUGAACGGUACAAAUCUAGUCAGCAUGCUCGGUCGAAAGAUUCCAUUGACAAAAUUUCAUUUGAUAAAGAAGUGACUGAACAAGUUGAGGCCAUCCAAUGGGCUUCCAUGAAUGCUAUGGCUUCAUUAUUAUAUGGGCCGUGCUUUGAUGACAAUGCAAGAAAAAUGAGUGGUCGGGUUAUAUUGUGGAUCAACAGUCUCUUCAUUGAGCCUGCACCCCGUGCUCCAUUUGGUUAUUCACCUGUAGACCCGAGAACCCCAUCUUAUUCUAAAUACACAGGAGAAGGUGGUCGAGGAGCUACUGGACGUGAUAGGAACCGAGGUGGUCACCUUCGUGUUUCCCUCGCUAAAAUGGCUUUGAAGAAUUUGCUACUUACAAAUCUAGACUUGGUCCCUGCUUGCAUUGACCAGUGCUACUAUUCUGAUGCUGCUAUAGCAGAUGGCUACUUUAGCGUAUUGGCAGAGGUCUACAUGCGCCAAGAAAUACCUAAAUGUGAAAUUCAGAGACUUCUAAGUUUAAUCCUCUACAAAGUGGUAGACCCAUCUAGACAGAUUCGUGAUGAUGCCCUACAGAUGCUCGAGACACUAUCGGUCCGUGAAUGGGCUGAAGAUAGAAUUGAGGGGUCUGGUAGUUAUCGGGCAGCAGUUGUCGGCAAUCUUCCUGACUCUUAUCAACAAUUCCAAUACAAAUUGUCGUGUAAACUUGCCAAAGAUCAUCCUGAGCUAAGUCAGCUUCUUUGUGAGGAAAUCAUGCAGAGACAACUUGAUGCCGUUGAUAUAAUCGCUCAGCAUCAGGUUCUAACAUGCAUGGCUCCAUGGAUCGAGAACCUUAAUUUCUGGAAACUGAAAGACUCGGGGUGGAGUGAACGGUUAUUAAAGAGUCUUUAUUAUGUGACAUGGCGGCAUGGUGAUCAGUUUCCAGAUGAAAUCGAGAAGCUUUGGAGUACUAUUGCCAGUAAGGCCCGUAAUAUACGUCCAGUUUUGGACUUUUUGAUCACUAAAGGUAUCGAAGAUUGUGAUUCGAAUGCUUCUGCUGAAAUAAGUGGCGCCUUUGCAACAUAUUUCUCAGUUGCUAAGCGAGUGAGCUUGUAUCUAGCUCGGAUAUGCCCCCAGGGGACCAUUGAUCACCUGGUCUAUCAACUGGCUCAACGUAUGCUUGAGGAUAGCAUGGAACCACUCAGACCAACUGCUAACAAAGGUGAACCCAAUGGUAACUAUGUCUUGGAAUUUUCACAAAAUUCAGCUGUGGCCCAAAUUGCUGCCGUCUUGGAUAACCAGCCUCAUAUGUCACCUUUACUGGUUCGAGGAUCUCUUGAUGGUCCAUUGCGGAAUACAAGCGGAAGCUUAAGCUGGAGAACUGCUGGUGUAGGUGGGCGGAGUGCUUCGGGUCCAUUGACUCCAAUGGCUCCUGAAAUGAAUGUGGUUCCUGUAAACGCUACUAGGUCUGGUCAACUCCUUCCAACUUUAGUUAACAUCUCAGGGCCGUUAAUGGGGGUCCGGAGCUCGACCGGAAGUAUGAGAAGCCGGCAUAUGUCUCGGGAUAGUGGUGAUUAUCUCAUAGACACCCCAAAUUCUGAAAUUGACGGCCUUCACCCUGCUGGUGGUGCCCAUGGUGUCAAUGCUAAAGAACUUCACUCGGCCCUGCAAGGGCAUCAACAUUCACUAACCCAUGCUGAUAUAGCAUUGAUUUUACUGGCGGAAAUUGCUUAUGAGAAUGAUGAAGAUUUCCGGGAGCACUUACCAUUACUUUUUCAUGUCACAUUUGUAUCCAUGGAUAGUUCGGAAGACAUUGUGUUGGAACACUGCCAGCACUUGCUUGUUAAUUUACUAUAUUCUCUUGCGGGACGCCAUUUGGAGCUUUAUGAUGUUGAAAAUAGUGACGGUGAAAACAAACAGCAGGUUGUAAGUUUAAUCAAAUAUGUCCAGUCGAAACGUGGGAGCAUGAUGUGGGAAAAUGAGGAUCCAACACUUGUCAAAAUCGAGCUCCCUAGUGCAGCACUGCUAUCCGCACUUGUGCAGAGUAUGGUGGAUGCUAUCUUCUUCCAAGGUGACCUUAGAGAGACAUGGGGAGCAGAAGCACUAAAGUGGGCCAUGGAGUGCACAUCGAGACACCUCUCAUGCCGGUCCCACCAAAUCUACCGUGCCUUGCGUCCCCGUGUCACUAAUGAUGCUUGUGUGUCCCUACUCAGAUGCCUCCAUAGAUGCUUAGCAAAUCCAGUACCUUCGGUUUUAGGUUUCGUUAUGGAGAUUCUCUUAACAUUGCAAGUUAUGGUGGAAAAUAUGGAGCCUGAGAAGGUGAUUUUGUACCCUCAGCUUUUCUGGGGAUGUGUAGCUAUGAUGCAUACCGAUUUUGUUCACGUUUAUUGUCAGGUACUCGAGUUGUUUGCUCGUGUCAUUGACCGUUUAUCAUUUCGAGACCGAACGACUGAAAACGUCCUCCUUUCAAGCAUGCCAAGAGACGAGCUUGAUCAUAGUGUAGCCGACACAGACUUUCAGAGAAUGGAAUCACAAAACACCAGUAACUCGCCAUCUAGUGGGAAAGUUCCAGCUUUUGAAGGGGUGCAGCCACUCGUACUCAAAGGACUCAUGUCAACUGUGAGCCAUGGUGUGUCAGUUGAGGUUCUCUCACGGAUAACGGUCCACUCAUGUGACUCAAUAUUUGGGGACCCAGAAACGAGACUUUUAAUGCACAUCAUCGGUCUGCUUCCAUGGCUUUGCUUACAACUAAACCAAGAAGCCGUUGGCGGUCACGGUUCACCACUCUCACACCAAUACCAAAAAGCUUGUGGUGUUUCAACAAACUUAGCGAUUUGGUGUCGUGCACAAUCGUUAGAUGAAUUAGCAACGGUUUUCAUGUCCUACUCACAAGGUGAAAUCAAGGCAAUAGACAAUCUACUUGCUUGCGUGUCACCAUUACUAUGCAAUGAGUGGCUGCCAAAACACUCGGCGUUAGCAUUUGGACACCUUCUUAAGCUUCUAGAACGAGGACCCACAGAGUAUCAACGGGUAAUUCUUUUGAUGAUGAAGGCAUUGCUGCAACAUGCUCCCAUGGAUGCUGCUCAAAGCCCGCAUAUGUAUGCAAUUGUUUCUCAAUUAGUCGAAAGCACUUUAUGUUGGGAGGCACUUAGUGUACUGGAGGCCCUUUUACAAAGCUGCAGUUCACUGACCGGGUCUCACAACCAUGAGCCAGGAUCAUAUGAGAACGGGCUCAGUGGAACUGAUGAAAAAGUACUAUUUCCCCAAUCAUCUUUCAAGGCUCGAAGUGGACCCCUACAACAGGCCAUGGGUUUGGGGUUCGGGACAGGGUCUAUGUUGAUUGCACAAGCAAAUCUUUCCGAGUCAGGUGUUCCGCCUAGAGAGUUGGCUUUGCAAAACACACGGUUGAUCCUUGGGCGGGUGCUCGAUAAUUGUGCACUUGGCAGAAGAAGAGACUAUAAGAGAUUGGUACCCUUUGUGACCACCACUAGUAACCCUUAAAACUUAGUUUCUGUUAGUUGUGUACAUUGGUGAAAUGUAUUUUGGCUGAAUAUUGUACAUAAUUAAACUAGAAUUAGCUAUAUUUAUCAGUAUGUAAUAUUUUGCCAUUUUGGUUUAAGUUAUAAUGUUUACAAUCUCAUCUUUUCUUUUUUA